AUGGCUGAAGAAGACCGGCGGAUCUCGGCACUUAUGGAAGGUCGUCCUGAGGACAUCGCGACGGGCGGUGCGGAUUGGUACAGCCUCGAGCAAGACGGCGGCCCCAUGAGUCUCCCAGAUUUUAUGGGCCGAGCCUUCCGCUUCACGGGCCUGAUGUGGCAAGACUCGUACAGAAGGGAAGGCGUGGACGCCGUGGCGGCUUCGAUGUUGGCGACAGAGAUGAUCAACUUUGAGCUUUUGAAUGUAAAUCAGGUGGGGCGCCCUGCGCCGCUCGAUAUUCGGUCAGCGCGUCAGUGGGCGUCGAGAUCGCGCAUGGCGAACAAGAUCUAUAGACAAGUCCCCGAGAAAAACUUCACUGCGCUCGUUGCCGACAUGUGGCAGAACAUCCGUCAAAUGCCUUUGCAGGACGUGCUCAGACUGAACGGUCGAUUUGGUCUCAUUGGUGUUGUUCGCGCAAUCUACCAAGCCAACGCAGUGGACCCGGAAGCUGGUAGCGACUUUCGCGUGCUCAUGGUUGAGGUGACAGAGGCGUUGCGAUCUAUGCGUGGGAUCAUCGAGUCACGCAAUGCGCAGACAGCAUCGGUGCUCUCCCCAACGCGCACACUUCUCGACGCCCUCAGAGAGCGUAAUGCCGCGUUCACAGAAGUGGCGAGUGAAGUCCUCGAACGUAUGACUGGUGCCAACUCUAGUAUAUCUGGCGAGAGAACACCUGCUGCAUCGCUGCCGGAGGAGGAUGGCAAUAGUGGAACGUACAGGUGUGAGGAGACCUCUACGAAGCGGAAGGCGACUAGCAUCAUGGGUCCGAUGCCUCCGUCGAAGAAGGCCAGGAAAUAA